CGGGAGCAGAGAGAAAGGGAGGCAGAAGCCGGCUCAGCCCCCGAGGUCGGGGCCAGAGGCUGCGGCGGGCGCCGGGAGCCCGCGUCCGGAGAAGGAGCCGGGGAGCUCGGUGACACCCUUGGAAAGGGCCUUUGCGCGCCUCGGAAGGUAUGGAAACAGAAGCUCUGAAUGAUAAGUGAAGGUAACAACCAUUAGCACUGGACGCUGGAAACCGAGCUUCACCGGGAGACACCCCCGGGGGGAGUGUGGGGCCUCCUCCAACCAGCCGGCAGCCUCUCACCACCUGCCCUUGCCCGUGAGGAAGGGAGCUGAGUCCUGCUUCCCCCCCCCGAUUCCGCCCGCACCUCCAGGACUUCUUGGCAAAUCUGCCCCCAAAGAUUCCUGCUGACGCUUGUCUGUUCCUGCCCUUUUGUGAAACAUGGCACCCACAGGACUCCGGGAAGAAUCUUAAAUCCUGAGCCUCCACAGCGGCUCUGGAGGGCACUCCGUGUGGCUCAUCCACCGUCCCUGUCAGCUCCGGGAGCUGCUCACAUCCCAACAAUGCCCUCAGGAGCCCCGACCCCAGCUGGAUGAGACCAUUCCUGAGUGGGACCCAACCUUGCCACCCACCAAGAUUCCCACACCGCCCCCCACCACCUCCCACGCCCGGCUGCCCCAGAAGACUCUAGAAUGUCUGUGCCUCAGAUCCAAGUAGAAGAAGUGGCAGGUGGGCAAGAAGAGACGGCAGGAGAAGCCCUGCCUCCCGACGACCACCUCCGGAGCCUGAAGGCUCUCACUGAGAAACUGAGGCUGGAGACCCGAAGGCCCUCCUACUUGGAAUGGCAGGCCAGGCUGGAGGAGCCAACAUGGCCCUUUCCGAGGCCAGCUGCUGAGCAGGGGGAGCGUGGGGAGGAGGAGCCCUCAUCCCCGGGGAGAGAGCCCAGGCAGCAUCCCCCACCUAACGGGAGUGCCAGCCAGGACACUGGGCCCCAGCCCACCGGCAAGCUGGAAGGCUUUGAAAGUAUCGACGAAGCUAUAGCCUGGCUCAGGAAGGAACUGGUAAGAACCCCCAGAAAAGAUGCCAUUCUCUCUCUCUCUCUCUAUCUCUCUCUCUCUCUCUAUCUCUAU